AUUGUGCGUUGCGAUUGUGUGCGUGCAGCCAUCCGUCGGUUUGUGGCCACGUCAGAGGAUAAAAAACAUACAAUUGUUCGUUUUUUCGUGAAUUCAAGUGAUCCAGUGAGCAUUCUGUCGCUGACCGUAUUGACAAACGGUUCCCACCUGUACCCCAGCACCCAGCGUCCCACGUAUACCACAGAUUCCUGCAACACUUCCAUGGCGACAGUGGCUUAAAGCGCUUCCGUUCUCCUUCGAGCUUCCAUUGAUCAACUUUUCGUCUGCCGGUUCGGUCGAUCCGACGCUCGAGACAGUGGUGCCCCGCAGUUCGGUUAUAUGCGAGGCUAACAGUACUUUAACUCUUGUCCUUUCAUUGUCGCCAACGCGCGUGCAGUUUUCCUGUGUUCCCUGUCCCUUGAAUCAACGAAAGGCGCAUUUUCCAGUUUUCCUACCCCAUCGAGUAAAAAUGAGAUUGCUGUCGGCAUUCGGGCUGGUGCUUGCAUUCGCCACCGUGGCGCUUGCAGCCGAAGAGGUCAAAACGGAAGAUGGAGUGCUGGUACUGACUAAGGACAAUUUCGAUUCGGUCAUCGCCAACAACGAAUUUGUGCUCGUGGAAUUCUACGCUCCAUGGUGCGGACAUUGCAAGGCUCUGGCUCCCGAAUACGCUAAAGCUGCCAAGGUGCUCGCGGACAAGGAAUCGAACAUCAAACUUGCCAAAGUGGACGCCACGGUUGAGCCGGAACUUGCUGAGAAGUAUGGAAUUCGUGGUUACCCCACCCUGAAAUUUUUCCGCAGUGGAUCCCAGGUCGAUUAUACUGGUGGACGCGAACAAGACACGAUUGUAUCGUGGCUGGAGAAGAAGACUGGCCCGGCCGCUAAGGAGCUCGAAACUGUUGAGGCAGCUGAAGAAUUCCUGAAGGAAAAUAAUGUAGCUGUGGUUGGUUUCUUCAAGGAUCGUGAUUCAAAGGAAGCCAAGGCAUUCAUGUCCACGGCAGUCGCUGUUGACGACUAUCCGUUCGGUGUGACCAGCAGUGAGGAAGUGUACGCCAAGUACGAAGCCAAGUGUGGCUCUGUGAUCCUGUUCAAACAUUUCGAUGAAGGAAAGGCUGUCUUUGAAGGAGAAGCUACUGAGGAGGCUCUGAAGAAGUUUGUCACCGCCCAGGCCCUGCCAUUGAUUGUUGACUUUAGCCACGAAACGGCCCAAAAGAUCUUCGGUGGAGAAAUCAAGAGCCACCUUCUGUUCUUCAUCUCGAAGGAGGCUGGACACCUGAAGGAAUUCGUCGAACCGGCCAAGGAAGUUGCUAAGAAGUUCCGUGAACAAAUCUUGUUCGUUACUAUCGACGCCGAUCAGGAGGACCAUACCCGCAUCCUAGAAUUCUUCGGCAUGAAGAAAGACGAAGUCCCUUCGCUCCGCAUCAUUCGCUUGGAGGAAGACAUGGCCAAGUACAAGCCCGAAACGAAUGACCUAUCAGCAGACAAGAUUCUUGAGUUUGUGCAGUCGUUCUUGGAUGGCAAGGUGAAGCAGCACCUGCUGUCACAGGACUUGCCCGAAGAUUGGGACAAAGAGCCAGUGAAGGUGCUUGUAGCCACCAAAUUUGAUGAGGUUGCGUUCGAUAAAACCAAGGACGUGCUGGUAGAAUUCUACGCUCCGUGGUGCGGCCACUGCAAACAGCUGGUGCCGAUCUAUGACAAGCUCGGAGAGAAAUACAAGGACAGUGACAGUGUAGUCAUUGCUAAGAUUGACGCCACUGCAAACGAGUUGGAGCAUACUAAGAUUUCCUCCUUCCCAACAAUUUACCUGUACCGAAAGGGCGACAACGAGAAGGUGGAGUUUAAGGGCGAGCGUACGCUGGAGGGUUUCGUUAAAUUCCUGGAAGGCGAAAAGGAUGAGGUACGUUUGGACUGCAAGUGCUUUAUGCUACCGGCAUGUAACGCUAAUGUAACCGAAUUUUUCUUUUCACCAAACAGCAACCAGAAGAAGAGGAGAAGGACGAUAAACCGACGAAGGACGAGCUAUAAGCGUGAGGAGAGCGGGCUUAUAAACAACACGAUCGUCAACAGUGUCUGCCCUAGAUCGUUAAAUCUGCGGGGAAGGAAAAGCAACAAAGUGAAUUAAUACCAUAACAAACUACAAAAAUAUUCUAAGUCCAAAUCACCAUCAAAACAAUACAGUAAUGUUUCAGUUUCAUAGGUUCUCAAGCGUUAUCGACUAGAAACAUCAUGUAACGAACGCCCGUGAAGCCUAAAAAAAUCAUAAGUGAAGCAACAUAAAAAUUCAAAAGAAUAGAAGAGAUAGCUUAUGCAUAAUAGUAAUAUAAAACAUCGCAAAGAGACUGUAAUAUACUAUAUUUUAUGAAGGAAACGGUAAUAUGUUAGAUGAAGCGAUAUAGAUAAAUUACACAAAACGUCUGAACAUCUGAUAGGCCCGCUAUUCAAGAUCUCUACAUUUUUGCAAUAGUUAUGUUUGCAUUCAUUCGUUUUCGCGACCUUCCUUACAAUCGCUCCUUCUUCCUUAGUUAAUUUGAAAGCUUAAAAAAAUAAGAGGUAAGCUCCACAGAUUAAUUAACACUGAAGCGCAGCCGAAAAAAUCGAGCAAAUUGGUUAUCCAUCAGUAGGGGAAGAUCGGACUACUAGGACAGAAGCAACAAACACAGUAUGGUGGUGUAUGAAUUCCAUGUUAAAACGAAAAUUCCAAAACUAUGGAGAAACAGGUAGUGACUAAACCAGACAACAAAUUGCAUUUGAUAGAUUCUUCGUUAAGAACAUGCCGAGAAGAAUGUUAUAUUAACAUUAGGAUAUACAUCUCCGUCGAUUUUCUACGAUGGACGAAAGGCAGAAGAAUUCUUCCUUCACACAACAAAGAUACAGAGUCAACAUUCACACACACACACACAUUCACAGACACAAACACCAACGACAAACCAUGUAAUAACACUCGAGGCAUUAAAAUGAAAACUUAACAAAACUGAAA